AAUAAAAUUACUCCGUAACAAUUUAGGAUCAGGCCCAUUGACACCUCCUCAACAACGCAAUGCCACAAGCCCACAGUACAUUUAACAGCAAAGAGUCUAUAUUCAAUAACUCUCCCAUACUCGUACAGUACAGUAGCCCUCCAAUUUGCAAAUCGCUCAAAAUGAAUGGUCGGAAAAGGCGAACACCAGUUCUAGAACACCAGAUCUAUGGAGGGAGGUCUUGCUCAGGUCGCCGGCCAAAUCCCUUUUACGAUUCAGGUGUGUUUGCAAAACUUGGUGUUCUUUAAUUGAUUCACCUGAUUUCAUUUCUUUGCAUCUCAAAAUUUCCAAGAAUAAUUGGGAAAAUACUUAUUUAUUAGCCACUGAACCUAUACCCAAAACUUUUGACGAUUACAAUUUCACAAUUCGUCGCAGUGAUACAUUUAGAAAAACUGGUCAAUUAGUCAAGUUUACGGAUUCAAAAUUGUUUAUCUUAAGUGAUAUGAUUGAUGGGUUGUUGUUAGUGCGUUGCUCUCUUGAUUUAAAUCGAAGUGAAUUGAGUUUGUGGAACCCUUGUAUUAGAAAAUCCGUGUCACUUCCUCGUUGCCCUCUUAAUUCUGGGGCAGAAAUUGAGAGACAUUUUUAUCUAGGAGUUGAUUCUUCUGGUAAUCAUAAGGUUGUUGGUUUUGAGCUUGGUGAUUUUAAAGCUUCCGAGCUGUCAACUCAAAUUGCAAUUUAUUCGCUUCGUGAUCAUUGUUGGAGGGUUAAACCCAGUUGGAUUAACAUUCCCAGAUGUUGGUUUGAAGUAAUUGAGUCACAAUAUGGGGUUAUUUAUUGCCAAGGGUCUUUGUACUGGAGACCUAAGGUUUGGUCCUGUGUAGAAUAUACCCAUCUUCUUUCUUUUGACUUGAAUGCCGAGGAAUUUAGUUAUCUGAAGAUGCCAGUUAUUGGGGAAGAAAUGCUCAGGUUUUAUUUUCUCCUAGGUGGGUCAUUGGCACUUUUGGGUAUUUCCCGAGUAAGAGCUUGUGUAUGGGUAAUGGAAAAGAAUGCUGGAAAGGAGCUGUGGCGACGAUUUUCUUCUGGAGAGUCUAAAUUAGAUGCCUAUGAAUUAUUUGUUGAAUGCAAAGGUAAUCAUCAUUCGCGGAUGAUGUAUAUUGAAAAUUCUGGUACAUUGUUGGUACAUAAAGUUAACAAAUUGAUGUUUUAUAACAUUUUGUGUCAUCAAGUACAACAAAGAAAGUAUUACCGAUGUUCAAAUCUGGUUACUUGUAUGGAGAGCUUGGUAUUGCACGAUGGUUCAACUUCAACCUAGCUCACUGAAAGGGGAAAGCAGGACAAAUGCUUGAUAUUGAACGAUGACUGAUUGACAGAUCCACUUCAGCAGUUCGAAGUUUCCUUCCCAGUCAAGAAGUGAAGAAACAGUACUGUGAAUACUUAUCAGCAGUCCUGUAGUUAGCAGUAGGCUAGUUGCCAUCCUACUUGUGUCGUUACAACUUACAAUUCAUUCAGGCUAGUUGAUUUGUUUGUGGAUUAACACCUUGUUUGUGGAUUAAGUGUAAGAUUCUCUUUGUAUGUUCAAUUCAAAUAUUGUAUCGCUAAAUAUCUUAAUUUAUAAAAUAUGCUAAUUUCAUGUUGGAAAAUAGUUCUAUAAUAUGAAUCUAGUGAUAUCUUAUUUAAUUUUUUUCACACUAGCAAGUACCAGAGUAGUCUAUCACUCGCUUGUCCUAUGUUGUAAUCUUAUAUUCAUUGAUACCUCUUGUAGACUUAUAUCAGU